AGGCCUCUCAUGCAAUGCUCGACUGCCUCGACGUCGUUUAAGACGUCUGCAGGCAAGAAACGAACUCUUUCACAUCCUGUUUGUGUCACAUUUGCGUCCAAGUAAUGCCUCCAUACUGACUUGGCAAGUACUAUAGCUCACCAGCUGUUCGGUGGCUGCACUUGCAAUGGAAGCUGGAUUACCCCUACUUGCUAUUGUGCUUUGCACCAUGAAAACCACGUGGGCGGUGCAGUGUGGCCACCGGAAUCUGCUGUAUGACACCGAACGCAUUGUCGGAGGCAGCGAUGCCGGUUCCUUGGAGUUUCCUUGGCAAGUGUCCGUGCAGGUGUUCAGCAGUCACCAAUGCGGGGGCGUCAUCAUUGACGAGUACUGGAUCCUCACCGCUGCCCACUGCAUGAAAUACUCGCCGUUUUUUUACAAGGUCUACGUAGGCAAGGACCACUUGUUUCGAAAGGAAUUGUCGGAACGCUAUUAUUACGUAUCUGAGAUUAUAAAGCAUCCGUACUACAGCGAAACUACAGUCGAUUACGACGUUGCUCUCGUAAGGCUCGACAUGCCAUUGGAUUUCAUUUUUGACGAUUACCUCAGCCCAAUAUGUCUUCCGAAGUCAUCCGAUAAUUUCACUGGCCAAACUUGCAUUGUAACGGGUUGGGGCUACCCAAGAAUAGAUGGAUCGACUACGGACGUUCUACAAAAGACGAACCUCGACGUCUGGAAAGAUGGCGACUGUCGCAAAGCCUACGAAGAUGUGAACAACGUGACUGGCAGAAUGUUCUGCGCCGGCUACAACGAAGGCGGCAAGGGACCGUGCAAGGGCGACUCCGGAGGUCCCCUGCAGUGCGUGCGAGACGACGGAUCCUGGGUCUUGGCGGGAAUCACUUCCUGGGGAAUAUCCUGCGCAGCGCCGCACAGACCAGGAGUCUUCACGCGUGUCUCAGCCGUGCUCGAUUUCAUCUACCUCUUCACGUACUGAACGUUUAGUGUACGUAAGGAUAACGGUGGCGUGCAGUUGUCAUUUAAGAACCCGACGUAAAUGAGAAAACGUGGAAGUGAGUUGUCAGGAAGCCGACGACCCAAAGGUGUGCCAGCAUUUCCAAUUCGAUUGAAAUAAACCACUCACUCGAAUUAAGCAGUCUUCGAUGUUAAGGCAUAUCUGAUUGAGCAAUCAUAUAUAUCGCAAUACUCAGCGUGUCGUUGUGUCCAUUGAAAAGAGCUAGAAGGCGAAAAUUAAAGAUGCGCUAUGAAACAUUUUGAUUCUGCUU